AUGGAACAAGUCAAUAUUGAUCAAAUGAACUCUGAAAAAGCGAAAGGUGAUGGAUCCAAUUUUAAGGUCCAAGUUGAUGACAUUAAUAAUAUUGAUAAGGAAUUUAGUGAUCUACAAAAAUUAAAAAUGAUGAAUGAAGGUGCAGAAAUGCAAAUGAAUCAAGGAGGUAAUGUUGAUUCCCAUGAACAGGAACAAGAAGAAAUAAAUAAUAGAUCUAUAUUUGUUGGAAAUGUUGAUUAUUCAACACAACCAGAAGAACUCCAAUCAUUAUUUUCAGAAUGUGGCCUAAUAAAUAGAGUAACAAUUUUAGUAAAUAAAAAUACAGGCCAUUCAAAAGGUUAUGCAUACAUUGAAUUUGCUGAUGCAUCAUCUGUUAGAACAGCUUUAUCUUUAUCAGAAUCAUUUUUUAAAAAAAGACAAAUCAAGGUAUGCAGCAAGAGAAGAAAUAUACCAGGAUUUAACAGGCCUAAAAUUAGUCCAUUUAGAGGAAGAGGGAUGAAGAGCGCAUUAGGUGUUAGAGGAAGACUUAGACAACCAAGCUUCAGACCAUUUUAUAGAGGAAGAGGAGCUUACAAAAAAAUUGUUACAAAUCCAUACGAAAGAGCAUAA